AUGGAGCCGAGCGAUGCCUGCCGCCCGGUGCCGCGUGGCUGCUCUGCUCUGACAUCUUUUUAUCCCCGUGUGGGUGGUGAUGCCAAGUCUGGCACCUGUAAUGACGGCCGCAGUGCCCCCUGUGAGGUUGGCACAACUUGGAGAAUCUGGAGAAGUGAGGUUGGAGAAGAUGAUUACACAUUCCAUUUGCUCAGAGAAGAUGGUGAAUUAGAAGACGGUGAAAUUGAUGAUGCAGGAUUUGAAGAAACACAAGAACAGGAAGAGGAUGAGAAGCAGAAAAAUGAGAAAGCCUACAGAAAAUCAAGAAAAAAACACAAGAAAGAAAGAGAAAAGAAAAAAUCCAAAAGGAGAAAACGUGAGAAACAUAAGCAUAAUUCUCCAUCUAGUGAUGACAGUUCAGACUACAGCCUUGAUUCAGAUGUCGGACAUACAGAAAGUUCCCACAAAAAAAGAACUGGUUUCUACAGGGAUUAUGACAUUCCAUUUCCUCAGCAUGGCCACAUAUCAGGAAGCUACGUGACAUCAAGGAGGAGUCAAUAUAACAAAAAAUUUAAAAGUAAAGAAUAUGGUGAGUACAGUACCUACAGUGAUGACAACUUCGGUAACUACAGUGAUGACAACUUCGGUAACUACAGUCAGGAAACAGAAGAAGAUUUUGACAGUCAGCUCAAACAUUACAGACAAGCUAAAGAACCCUCCAGUAUUGCUUUAGGAUCAUCAUUUUUUAAAGAACCAGGGAAAAAACAAAGAAUGAAAGGAAUUCAGCAAGGUACUGAACAGAGGCUUAAAAGUUUUAAUGUUGGUCGUGGACGAGGUUUGCUGAAGAAAAUCAAACGCAAAGACCGUGGGGGAAGAGUCAGCAAAGGGCCCAGUAUGUUUUCAGGAAUGGAUGACUUUCAAGAGUAUAAUAAACCAGGGAAAAAAUGGAAGGUGAUGACUCAGGAAUUUAUUAAUCAGCACACAGUGGAACACAAAGGAAAACAAAUCUGUAAAUACUUUCUGGAAGGGAGAUGUAUUAAGGGAGAUCAAUGUAAAUUUGAUCAUGAUGCAGAGUUGGAGAAGAGGAAAGAGAUCUGCAGAUUUUAUUUACAAGGAUAUUGUACGAAAGGGGAGAACUGCAUUUACAUGCAUAAUGAAUUUCCAUGCAAGUUCUAUCAUAGUGGAGCAAAAUGUUACCAAGGAGACAAGUGUAAAUUUUCACAUGAUGAUUUGACAAAGGAAACGAGGAAACUUUUGGACAAAGUGUUGAACACUGAAGAGGACCCCACAAAUGAGGAUGAAAGAGAGUUAGAGGAACUUAGGAAGCGCGGCAUAACCCCUCUUCCCAAACCACCUCCAGGAGUGGGGCUCCUGCCAACCCCAGCAGAGCACUUUCCCUUUUCUGAUCCUGAAGAUGACUUUCAGACAGAUCUCUCUGAUGAUUUCAAGAAAAUCCCAUCUCUUUUUGAAAUAGUUGUAAAACCUACUGUGGACUUAGCACAUAAGAUUGGGAAGAAACCACCAGCAUUUUAUAGCAGUGACUCGCCACCAGGACCACAAUAUCAGGAAAGCAGCCCACAUCCUCAGCAUAUCUACAGUUCUGGGUCAAGUCCAGGUCCCGAACCUAAUAUGUCUCAGGGACACAGUAUUCCUGUGAUGCACUCAGGCUCCCCUAGACAUCAUCCAUGUGCAGGACCUCCUGGCCUACCAGUGCCACAGAGCCCACCUUUGCCACCCGGUCCACAUGGAGCUGGAGUAAUUGUUCAACCAGAUGCACCUUUGUCAGUACCAAGUAUGAGUGGUGCUUACCAUUGUCCGGGCUUUCCAGAACACAUGAUGAAAGUACCCAGAGAGAAUCAUGGUUCUCCAGGCUCAUCGCACCUGCAAGGUUCUGGUGAAAUGCAGCUCAGCACCAGUUACGACUCCCUACAAAACCCCGCUGAGUUUUAUGAGAAUUACUAUUCUCAGCAUGGUGCACCUAAUUUUCAGCCACCCAGUAACUCUAGUGAUGGGAUGUGGCAUGAUGAGUUUGCUCAGCAUCAGCCUCCCAUUGUUCAAGACUCACCUAACCGUGGGAGUGGGUGUGAUGGCAGCAGCAGCAUGACAGGCCAUGACCCCCUGCCUGCACCAGGCCUCCUCCCUGCAGUGCAGAGAGCUCUUUUUGUCAGACUUACUCAGAAAUACCAAGAAGACGAAGAACCAAGCAGCACCCACCCUCAGAGGGCACCCAGCAAAGAAGAAGAUGAUCCUGUUAACUGGUAUUCCAGUAGUGAAGAGGAAGAAGGGAGCAGUGUCAAAGCAAUCCUGAAAACGUUACAGAAACAAACAGAAACUUUAAGGAGUCAGCAGCAGUCUUCCUUGGAACUCUGCACUCCUACUGAUCCAAGACUUGCUAAAGAGAAGAGUAAAGGGAACCAGGUGUCUGACCCUCGACUUAGGACCAUCCCAAGACAAGACAUUAGAAAGUCUUCUGAGCCUCCCGCACAGGGUCUCAGACUCGUGUGGGAUCCCAGGAAACCAAGAGGAAACGGAAGUGGGCAGGUGAGCUCCUCUGCUGGCGCAGCAAAGUGCGAUUUACAUCAUGCACAUUCCGGCGCUAACAUCAAACACAAGAGAGGAGAUGAUGAGGAAGAGGACACAGAACGAGAACUGAGAGAAAAAGCUUCCUUAAUACCCCUGGACUCUCCCCCGGGGGCAGUGCUCCAGGACCCAAGGUCGCAGCUGAGGCAGUUCAGUCACAUUAAAAUGGAUAUCAUACUCGCCAAGCCCAACUUCGCAAAACACAUCGUGUGGGCUCCAGAGGACUUACUUCCAGUCCCUUUACCAAAACCGGACCCCGUCUCUUCAAUCAGCUUACCUCUGCCCCCUCUUAUAGCAGACCAGAGGCUAUGGAAUUCGAAAAGCGAUCUCCAUCAAAGCACAGUUCCCCUGGAUUCAAAAUUGGCAGUCAAAGCCAAAAUUAACACAACAAGCAGAGAAGGCUACCUGGAACCAUUUGGGGACUUGCACAGCCCAGCAAGUAAAUUGGGAGACCCCAGGCUACAAAAAAAAUGUGAUCCUAGACUUCACAGACUGCACAACACAGUAUCUCAGCAAGCAGUUACGAAGGAGUCACAUACACCAAAGUGCGCCCCUCACUUGGCCAGGUCAAGCCCUGGUGCAUCGCAGCCCUCGGCAGCAGUAACCAGCAACUCUGGACCUGGGGUUUUGCCUCCCUACACUCCUAAACUGUCGCCUUCAGCUGGUGUUCCACUGGGGACUCCAAGUUCAGUUCUCAGUGGUAUUAGUUUGUAUGACGCUAGGGAGCCUGGCUCAUCAUCUGCACCAGAGCCAGCAACGGAAAAUGCAGAGAACCAGAAAAAAAGUGGUGGUUUAAAAGGCAGUGACAAAAAUGAGCGCGCUCCUGGAGAAGCAGCCCUGCCACAGAAAACCACUGCCGACGCGGAGGCCACUGUCCAUGGGCCGGCCGACGCACCGGCCCAUGUCCCCAGCAGCUCCUGUGCAGGCCAGGUCCCCGCAGUGCACAGCCUUCCUGUGCAGGCGUUAACAGGCUUAAUGAGACCCCAGUACAGCGAUCCCAGGCAGUCCAGGCAGCUGGGACAGCUGAGCCCCACCCCAGAGGAUGACCCCAGUGGGGAAACAGAUGACAAAUCUCUGAAAGAGGUUUUUAAAACCUUCGAUCCAACUGCUUCACCAUUUUGCUAGCUACUGUGUAAUUAAGCAGUUCUUUUCAGUCUCGUGACCAUCGCAGUCCUCGCUGUUUUGUAACUGGUUUACCUCUAUAGUUUAUUUAUUUUUAAAUUAUGAACACUUUUCAGCUGCUAGUAUCAGAACCACAUGAAGUUAUAUCCUCUAAAGGCUGUGGUAUUUUAUAUAAUAUUUUUAUAAAUUUAAGAGACUGUAGCAAGUGACAUAGAAACCUAUAUAUCAUGUUAGCUUCAGUAAAAAUACCUUUUUUGUAAAUAAACCAUCAUGAACUGGACACUCUGCCUGAAUAUAUGCCAGUUGUCUUUCUUAAUCAAUGUUUAGAUAAAUGAUUACCACUUUUAUAUGGUUGUUCAUUUCAAGCAAUAUGAUGUAUAUUACUUUUGGGAAACAGUAUUUUGAUUAGGAUCCUCUCUGUCAACACAUAACUGCUAAUAGAAAUGUAAAAUGAAAUAAAGAAAACAUUUUAAAUCAUAGCAGAACAGUUCAUUUUUAAGGGCAUCACUUUUAUUAAUGUGGGCAAUAUUGUGUAAAUGAAGCAUUUGAAUGUCAUAUCUUUUAAAAAAUAUUUUAUUGUAUCAUAGAAGUUAGAGAUAUAUAAGUAGAUUGUUUUGCUGAAGUGAAAAUUCCCAAGUUCUCUGACAUACCUUUUUACAAUUAAUUUUCAUAUUAAAUAGUUAUGAGUUACUGCUGUCACCUGGUGAUGUUUAUGUGUGCUCAUGCGUUUUGUCUUUAGCAGCAUAAUUUAUAUUACUUUUUCAAAUGAUGUAGCUAUAAUAAUUGUAUUCAUCAUGACCUUGGCAAUUUUUACAAACUUUUAAA